GAACCGUCGACGGAAUUGGAUUGUUUCGGAAUUGAGUUCGCGGAAAAACCUGACGACUGCCGCUCGCGUUAGUGUCUACCCUCUUACCUCUUCUGUUUCCCACAGUAGAAGUAGUGCGUUUUAGGCUCGGGAUCGGUUUUCCAUGCAUCAUCCCCCUCUGGCCGCCUUGUUCCGGAAAACGGGGUGAAUCUGUUGUGCAAAGUUUCACGCUGCCGGGCGGGAUUUUCUUCACCUCGAGCAGUUGUGGGGGCUGUGCUGUGACAGUAGUGUGCGGUUCUGUGCUCCAAGAGGAAGCAGAGAUUUUUGUAUUUGCUGUCGUUGCCCACCACCCACUUAGCGUUUGGUGGAAUGUAGGUUUGUAGUGUUGCACUGCACUACAGUUAUGCUACCGUGGCCUGUGUCUUCUCCGCAGCGGAUCGGAAUGGUCGCUUUGUUCGCUCUAGCUGGUGCAAGCAGUAGUGGUGGGAUGCAGUGUCCUUGUGCUAAAAUGCUCGCAUAUGGAAUUUUGUGGUGUCAGUGCAAGAGACAGUGAAUAAAGAGCAGGAAUCUUAUUUUGGAUGCAUUUUUCGGCGAAUAUUAAACGGAUAACUUUAUCCAGCGUGUCGGUCGGCUGUUGCUCGAGAUCUGUAUCGUGACUGGUGUGAGGGUGAUUAGUGAUACUGUGGGAAUUGAAUUCAAAGUCAGAAAUAGUUUGGAAGUUCUGAUAAUUCAGGAUAAGAGGAAAUUGAAGAGCAGUGUCACUGCAGUUUAUCAGAAGUCAGGAUACAACCGAAUGGAUAGCGAUAAUUGUGUGAUACGCGUUUGGAAUAAAUGGAAAUCAAGAGUGACAUGUGAAGUGAAACUUCAAAGAUGAAAUGGAGAGUUUUCAAUCUGAUAGCCGCGAUUCAUCGGUAGAUUGUCGAAAAACCACUGAUCAACUCACCAAACGGCAGUUUGCAUGCGUCGAAUUGUUAGUAAGCCGUUAAGUGCAGAAUCAUCAAGGCUCAAGUGCAAAGAUUCCCCUUUAUUAAAUAGCAUCAUCAGCUUUCUGGCCGAGUGAGGAUGAAGCUGCAAGAAACCGGCGAAGAAAUUCAUAAAUACGUGAUUUUACGAUCGGAUGCCAACUCGACGCCGAGUGAUCUCGUUGAUUGUCGUAGCCGUCAGCGUCGAGGGUUUUGCGGGAGGGCACUCAGAACGCCCCCCAGUUGAGAGGAGGAGGAGGACCAUCUUUGUCCCAGUCAGCUAGUGAAAACGAUAUUCAAAUUAAAUGGGUGACGUCUUAUAAAUCAGCCGUUAAUACGAAUCCCGGACACAUUGGAAUGCUAUUUUGGGGGCGAGAUUGCAAAGGGACAGUGCACGGGUGUAUAAUUGAGUAGGUGCGAAAGAGAGUGAAAUUGUUUUGUUCGCCCGGCGAGCGAAUAACAACUGUGAUACAACUUUUGUGGAAUAACAAGGAGUGGGAAAAAGGUUUUACGAGUGCUUCCAACGGAAAGCAAAUAGUCAAUGAAAUCCCACCGCUCAAGGGAACGUCGUUUCAGCAGAAAUUCCAUUCAAGCAAAUAGACAACGUCCUCUCGGGUGCCGUCAAAGUUAUUGCCCCCGACCGUAACAUAGAACUUUCUCUCCAGUAAUCAAGGGCAAGUCAAACGAAUUUCAUCCCGUCACACAACUGAGCAUUUGUGUCCCGUGAAGGCGAAAAUGUUCGGUCAGCCAAACUUAAGCAAUCCAAAUCAUCAGUGCAUGUACAGAAGCUAUCCGACGCUACCCCGAACCUCCUAUCCCCAACAGUCCCAACAGCAACCUUACUUGUUCCAAUCUAUGACCCUUCCAUGACAGUAUAGUCAAAACCGUCAGACCCGUAAAAACAAUUGCUAUUAUUGCAAUAACAACAUCAAUCUCACCUGCACCUGUUUGUCGUCGAGUGCCUUAGGAUACUUCUACUCGACGUCGCAAACUCUAAACUCGGCCCCAUCGACUCUACCCAGACGUUCCCGUCCCACCAAUCAUCAUUAUCUGCCCACAUAUCCCUACCUACAGGCUCCCAUCCAGCCUCCGUUCCAAUUUCAACCUCUGAUCCAACCUCCCCAGACUGCCACUAAAGCCACCUCAAUCACUCCACCGGUUCGCCAGACAAAGAACCAGGAAUCGCAAGUCGACGAAGAGAUGCUCGGAAUCAACACAUCCAACGACCUGGACUCACCGGCCUUGUCCGCAUCGCCUCCACCGGCCCCAGCUCCUCGACCUCCACCCUUCCGGAACGGUUGCCAACGGUGUCGAUUCACGGCAUCGAUGGCUUCUGCCAAUUCAACACUGAGCCGAUCGCACCAGCAUCUAUCGGGAAGUGCCAGCAAUACCCUGACCAGAGGGAACACUCACAACAGCAGCCUACGAGAAAGCAGCGGUGGAGCAGCGAGCGGUGGUGGUAAUCACAUAGCCACAAGCACUGGCCAUUUGCACACGGCUGGCACGACGGCAGGACAUCAAAACGGGACAUAUCCUGGUGGCUAUGACCGAAGCCGGCUGAUGGAGGAGGAAGACUCAGCUUAUCCGGCUCUGUUAGAACGAGAACUACAUUCCCUCCAUCGGAAUGUGCCGGCAUUGCGACGGGCCGGCGUUGACACCACUGCUAUUAGACAGCACUUUUACCCGGACGGCGGAUGGGGUUGGAUCGUUUGCGGAGUUGCAUUCCUGGCGCAUGUUCUCACCACGGGAUUUCAGCUGUCCUACGGGCUUCUGCUGCUGUACGCGAUGCGCCACCUGGGUCACGAGGUGAAUACCGAAGCAGGAUGGCUGGGAGCUGCUAGUUGGGCGAUGUCUCUGUUGGCGGCCACUAUCGUCGUGGCAUUGUGUCGUCGGAAGUCAACCCGAUUGACGGCCGUGCUCGGUGGACUGGUGCUUGCGUUGGGGAUCCUUUUUACCUCCUUUGCCACCCAGCUGCACCAGGUAGCGUUUAGCUAUGGAGUGAUAGUCGGCGUUGGGGCUGCCAUGGUUCGUGAAUCGGCAGCCGUGAUGCUGGGACACUACUUCAAACGGCGGAGACAAUUUGUCGAGAUGAUUACGAUGUCGGGCGAAGGUGUCGGCGUGGCGCUGUUUUCUGUGAUACUGAAGGAAGGCGUAGGAAAAAUGGGCUGGCGCCUGGGUCUGCAAGCCGUCACCGGACUGGUAUCGUUCAGUUUCUUCAUGGGGCUGCUCUACCGACCGGCAUCCCUCUAUCAUCCCCAGCGGCGGGCGAUUCUGCAUCUGAAAAACCAAAGGAAGAAGGUGAAGGAGAAGAAAACCCACGUCCGUACGCCAAAGCCACCGUUCCUGGACUGGACCCCCCUCAAGCUCACCACCGUGCGAAUGCUUUCGAUUUCAGCAGCUGUGGCCGCGUUCGGCAUCUACUCUCCUGUCUUUUUUCUGUCAUUGCAUGGAUUCAACGAGGGAUACGACAUGCAAGAUCUGGUCCUGCUGCAAACCUUCCUGGGGCUUUCGAUUGCACUUGGCGUCGUAUUUAGUGGUUCGUCUAUCAACAAAACUCUGGAGAUUUCUUUCAAAAAGAUUCGAAUAUCUCGUCAAUAUGUCUGUCAGGGCUGUGUUACGCUUAUCUCGCUUUCCUUGCUGGUGCUGUCGGCGGUGGCCGACUACCGGGGUUUGUGCUUCUCGGCAUGGGCCUACGGACUUGGACUCGGUGGCUACCGGUACACGCUGAAAAUGCUGGCCAUCGAGCGGAUACGGGGCAAGUACUUCUCCAAGUCGUGGGGAUUUAUCAAAAGUGCUGAAUCACUACCGGUGCUGGUCGGAGUUCCGUUGUGUGCUUUCCUGAACGAUUCAUCGCACCGGUACGGGCGAGCCGGGUACUACAUCUGUGCAGCGAGUGCGGCCAUAUCCGCCAUCAUACUGUUUUUCGUUGGCCAUCCGGACGGGAAGAACAUGAAGUAUUCGGCAAAUGGAUCGAUAACAUCCCGUUGCACGGCUCCCACCUCAUCGAGUGACUGUCAGCACAUGCUAAACCGUAGCUUUUCAUCACAGCGUUUCAACAAUCAAUGGUAUCCAAAUACCCACAGUACGAAUCUGUCCAGCGGUUGCCAACAAGGGGCGACAGCUUAUGGCGGAAUAGGCGGACAACCACAGCCACCUCAGCGUUGUCUCUCCAGUCAAUUCAUGAACGGUGGCCCAGGGGUGGCCCUCGGAAAUGGUACUAGUGCUCCCGGAGGCACGGCCAAUUACAACUAUCAUAGCCCAUACUGCCAAAGUGCCGGCCAGCCACAUCACCACCAUGGCCGCUUGCACAAGAGUCUUUCAUUUGCCUUCCAAUCACCCAUCGUCAGCAACGAGGACCGAGGCCAGCAGCAAACCACAUUCCGGCAGUCCAGUCAAUAUGCCGCCGAUUAUCCGCCACCCAGUAGAUGCUACUCGAGAUGCGAAGUACACAACCCAUCCCACCGGGGAACGCCAUCCUACAAUCGUGCCCCCUCGGUGACUGCAGUCCAUCAACCGACCGGAAGCAACGUGUGCGCCAACGGACUGCAGAACAAUCCCUCCCGAAGUCGAAGCGUUCCGGAAGGGUUGGCCAACGGGCACCGGGGUGGGGCCGAUUGCCAUUGGAACCACUGCCACUGGACCACCGCCAACGGGGUUAACUUUUGCCGACCGACUCGACCCAUUCAGGUGGUGGAACAGAUUACGACAUCCGUUUGACUAAAGUUUAAAAUAAUGCGUUUUUUCCUGUGCAUCUCGAUUCAUCUGCUGGAGGGGCUGUUUUCCUAGUCAACUUCAUGUGUGCAUUAAGCAGUCACGGUCACGUUCAUCUCCAUAAACCUAGAUAAAUUUGCGAUUUACCCACGCCCUAUUGGGGAAAAUAACUAUAGGUACAAUACAUCGAGCAGUCUUGUGUAAAGUUUUGUUAUGCGUCAAAUUUA